AUGGCUUCCCAAACACUCCUGGGCGUCCUGACGGUGGCGAUGAUGGGGGCUUGUCUCCCAAGCAGCGCCUCCGCACCUCAACGGCUCGCUCCCUUCGUCAGUAAGUCUCUUUGGGUGCCAUUCUGUCAUCAGGGGACCUUCUUCGACCAGUUAUCAAAAACAAUAACAGCCAUCAGACUUGACUCCUAUGGAGUCUGGUUCUUCGAGCCUCGCGUCAACGGCUCGCUCCCCUUCGUCAUCGAGCCUCGCGUCAACUUCGACGACACGUGUAGGUGUGGGCAGAAGGCCGCCUCCAGGAUCGUGGGCGGGGUGACCACGGGCGUGAACGAGUGGCCGUGGCAAGCGGCGCUCAUGUACGGCUCGCAGCAGUUCUGCGGCGGAUCCCUCAUCAACGACCGAUACGUCCUCACCGCCGCCCAUUGCACCGAAAGCAUGAGAGCGUCUGACCUGACCCCGUCUGGCCGAACACAGGCUGAGCACUUCCUCAGAGACCAGUGUUGUGAGCGACACACAGUGUUGCCAGUGUGCAUGCCGCCACCCAACCCCACAUACGCCGGCAAGACAGCCUGUCACAGGUGGGGAACCACCAGCUCCGGAGGCUCGUCUUCAGACACACUCAGGGAAGUGGACGUCACGGUCAGUACACGAACACGGGUGCUUCAGUUAAACAGUGGAUAUGAGGUCACAUUAUAA